CAGUAGUCGACUGAAUGCCUGUAUGAUGGCUGGAAGCCUCCGUUUCCUCCUCCUGUCACUCUGUGUUUUGUUGGAACCUGUGACAGAAAUCGGUGGUUUGCUUCUGAAACCAGUUCUGUCUGGACCCAGUGAGGCCUAUGUGAGAUCAGAAGUCCAGUUUGACUGUGCAGUUCCAGGCUGGUCUUCACCUCUGACCUAUGAACUCUGGAAGGAUGCAGGGGAUCUUAUUGCAGCAGAAAACAACGUCAAGGUCACCUUCACCCUACAGAUCACCGAGGGGUCAGAGGGCGAGUACUACUGCAGACUGACCGCCGGAGGUCAAACCAGCAACUCCAUCCACUUCCAUGCAGUGAUUCCUGUCGUAGGGGCCCGUUUGAGCUCAGAUCCCGAUCCAGCGAUCGUCUAUGAAGGACAGAAGCUCGUCCUGCGCUGUCUCGUCAGGAAGGGGACGCAUCUGUCCUUCACAUGGUACCACGACACACAGUUAGUGAACUCCUCGUCAGAGCUCCACCGGCUCUCCGGAGACGCUCUCACGGUGGACGGGGCGACUGAAAUGCAUGCUGGGAUAUACUCAUGCACAGCUCAAAACCAGAUGACCGUCAACCCCAGAUUCUCCAGCAGCCGAAACCUCCACGUCACUGUCAAAAAGCGCAUCUCGGCGCCCUCGUUAUCGUUUACGGUCUUCUCUAACGGCUCCAGCCUGACGGCCAACAUCAGCUGCCGUUCUGAGCGUGGAUCUCCGCCCGUGACGUUCAGAUUGAUGUUGGACGGACUGGAGCUGGAUGUGAAGCGAGUGGAUUCACUAGAGUCCUGGUUCGUUCUGCCGAUCUCUGUGGGUCUGGAUCUGGGAGCCGCUCGAUGUAAAGCACAAACGGAAACACAGCAGCUGCUGUCUGAUCCCGUGCGUUUACUCGUAGUUCCAGUAGGUGGCGCUGUGCGUGUCACAGUAACGUACCUCCACGACGCCGACGGGACGGUGGCAGCCGCUCGGCUCAAAUGUGUCCCAGACAUAGGAACGUUUCCCACAUUCUCCUGGCGUCUGAACCAUUCCUCCCUUCCAGCAGAGGGCGACGCUCACGCGGUCACUCAUCACGGUCAGAUCUUGAUCCUCACAGAUGUCAGCGCUGGGUUUUACCGCUGCAGGGUGAGGGACAGUUUUAACGACAGCUCAGUCUGGGUGGAGAGCGAGGACAUCUUUAUUCAGAAGACAGAUUUGGCAGCGACGCCCGUGGAGGUCAUUGCGUUGGUUUUCUGUGGUUUCCUGUCGAUUGUGAUUGUGUUAGGCUCAUUCUUUAUGUUCUGGAGCACCAAGCGCAGAAACAACAGCUGCAAACAUCACAGUAACCAGGACGUGAUCCAGUCUGAGAUGAUAACAAUGAAUGAUCCUGUAGCUGAUGUUUCCUCUGAACCUCAACCUGUGGAAAUGAAACAGUCAUCAUGGAGUUUGAGGCCUAGAGGUCUAGACCAGUGUCCUGCAGAGACGUCUUGAAGAUUCUAGAAAUCCUGAACACUUUGAUUAGCUCUUUAAUUAAGGUGAAAGAUGAACUCUGACUGGACAUCAAUCACUACUGAGCCAUUUUCCUGUUUUUAAAUUGUUUUCUAUCAAUGAGAUUGUAAGGCUUUUAUAUACCA